AUGAUGGUGGUUGCUACUGAGGCUACAUCUAAUGGGCUUCAACAACAACAACAUCAUCAUCAGCAACAACAGCAGCAGCAACAACAACAGCAAGCACUCGCUCAACAGCAGCAGCAACAACAACACCAGCAGCAACAACAUCAACAACAACAACACACACGUCAAAUUAUUACCUCUACCUUAGCACAACACCAACAACAAUUGCAAAACAAUAACACAACCAUAAUAGCGACACAUGCCACUAACGGUGGCACAUCGGCUGCCAAUGCUGCCGCAACAACAACAAUAGCUGCAGCACCGUCCAAUCUUGAAGCGUUUUCCAAUAUUGCAACAGCAGCUCAAACACUCGAAUUAAGUUCCAUAAAUGCCGCUCAAUUAAUGGGUGGCCAUUUAACAGCCAAUGGUGAUUUUGUGACUAUGGGUGGUGUGGUCGUUGGGCGCAUACAUCCAGCCCCAGGUGGCGGUGGUGCAUUUUUGCAACAUCAAUUGCGAAUACAAACACCCCAUUUGGGUGUCAUCAAAAUGGAACCGUCACCCCACUCCACUGAAUAUAAUAGUAAUAGUAACAACAACAACAGCAGCAGCAAUAACAAUGCCAAUAAUACAACGAGACAUGCAAAUACGGCAAACGAAGGAUGAGUCCCUGACUAUGAGACACUACUGGAAUAUGUGCUCAACGAAGAUGACAAAUGGGUUGAAAUCAAUGGCAAUUUUGUUAUGGACUCUUCCA